UCGCGCGGGGCCUCGGCGCUGAGCUCGCGCGGCCCGGAGCGCUGGUCCCGCCGAGUGGGCGGCGAUGAGCGCCGAGGGACCCUUCCCCCCGGCUGCCCCCCGCGGGCGCCCCGGCCGCCUGCUAGUGCCCGCGAGGACUAAAACCGGGACUGCCUUGUUGCACGACGAAGGGUCUGGACACGCCUAUGACAUCCGCCUGAAGCUAACGAAAGAGGUACUGACAAUUCAAAAACAAGAUGUCAUCUGUGUUAGUGGCAGCAAUCACAGUGCAAAUCACAGAACUGUUACGCUUCGCAGACAGCCCGUGGGCGGCUUGGGCCUGAGCGUAAAGGGCGGCGUGGAACACGGAGUCCCGGUCGUCAUAUCAAAGAUAUUCAAAGACCACGCAGCCCACCAGACAGGGAUGUUAUUCGUAGGGGACGCCCUCCUCCAGGUUAAUGGCAUUAAUGUAGAAAAUGCAACCCACGAAGAAGUGGUGCAUCUUUUGAGAAAUGCUGGUGAUGAAGUGACCGUCACUGUCGAGUAUCUCAGGGAAGCGCCAUCAUUUCUGAAGCUCCCGUUAGGGUCCCCAGGACCAUCCAGCGAGCCCGGCAGUGGGACCUCGUCACCCCUCUUUGACAGCGGUUUGCAUCUGAACGGAAACUCCAGCAACACAGCUCCGUCCUCGCCUUCUUCGCCCGUCGCUCAUGAACCAAAAUAUGAGAAGCGCUGGCUAGACGCCGUGUCACUCCCUCUGUCCAUGGCUCGGGUCUCACGGUGCAGAGCUGGAGCAGAAAAAGUAAGGUCCAGUGCAUUUGAGGUGCAGGCCCUGGAUGGGGCGAGCUCGGGAAUCCUUUGGUUUUACACCGCCCAGGAGAGCGCCGACUGGCUGAGGGCCGUGUCUGCCAACAUCAGCGACCUGACGCUGCAAAAUAUGAAAAUGGCAAAUAAAUGCUGUUCUUCUUGUGACCAGGUCGUCCACAUGGGGUGGGUCAGCGAGAGACUGGGAGGGGCCGGCUCCUCUCAAACCUUCAGAUCCAAGUUCCUGGCCCUGAAGGGCUCGUCCUUCUACAUCUUCAUCUCUCCUCCGGUGAGCACAUUAGACUGGGUCCGAGCGGAAAAAACCUAUAACCUCUGUGAGGUACUAUUUAAAGUUCACAAGUUCUGGCUUCCGGAUGACUGCUGGGCCCAAGCCAGCCUCUGUCUGGGACUCCAGGACCCCAACCGCGGGGACCACAGGCCCUUCUCCUUCAGCAUCCUCGUGGGCCACGGCAGGAGCCACGUGUUCAGCGUGGAGCUGGGGAGCGAGCUGGCUGCGUGGGAGCUGUCCUUCCAGAGGGCCGCCUUCCUGGACGUGCAGAGGAUGGGGUCCAAAACGUACGUGUGCAGUUGGCAAGGAGACACUCUGUGCUUCACGGUGGAUUUCGCUCUGGGAUUCACCUGCUUUGACAGCAAAACAAAGAAUGUGCUCUGGAGAUUUAAAUUCUCUCAGCUGAAAGGAUCUUCAGAUGAUGGGAAAGCUCGGGUGAAGCUGCUGUUUCAGAAUCUGGACACCAAGCAGAUUGAAAUGAAGGAACUGGAGUUUCAGGAUCUGACGGCUGUCCUGCACUGCAUCCACUCCUUCCUAGCAGCGAGGGUGGCCUCGGUGGAUCCGGUGUUUAUAGACAGUCAGAGUAUUGCCAGAAAAUACGCACACAGCAGCUGAACAGUGCUUCUGUUGAGUGCUGAAAUCUAAAUUAUUUUCUUAAGAAAUGAAUAUUUCCUGCACAG